CAGAUUUGAUGAAAACAUCUAGGGACUUUCUACAUUUUUUUAUCAAGUUAUCCAACCUGAAGUGUCACAUCACCCUUGAAGUACGAAGUGCCAACUCCAGUCCUAUUUGUACAAAGUUUAAAUUAAUUUUAAGCAUUUUUUUGUCUUUUUAGGAAGUGAGUUGCAGCAAUACUUAACAGAACAUAAAAAUGUUUAUAUGGGACUGGUUUACUGGUGUUUUGGGAUAUUUGGGCUUGUGGAAGAAAUCUGGCAAGCUACUCUUUCUGGGGCUCGACAAUGCUGGCAAAACUACGCUGUUGCACAUGCUCAAGGACGAUAGACUAGCACAGCAUCUUCCUACAUUACAUCCCACUUCUGAGGAACUGUCAAUAGGAAAUAUGAGGUUUACAACUUUUGAUUUGGGCGGUCACUCGCAAGCCAGGAGGGUAUGGAAGGAUUAUUUUCCAGCGGUGGACGCUAUUGUGUUCUUGAUUGACGCCAACGACAGAUCGAGAUUCGUCGAGAGCAAACAAGAACUUGACUCGCUACUUACAGACGAAACCUUGUCCAACUGCCCCGUGCUGAUCCUCGGCAACAAAAUCGAUUUGCCCGGUGCGGCGUCCGAAGACGAGCUCAGAAAUUUCUACGCCUUGUUUGGACAAACCACAGGAAAAGGUAAAGUAGCCAGGUCAGAUUUGGCAGGUCGGCCACUGGAACUUUUUAUGUGUUCCAUUUUAAAAAGGCAAGGUUAUGGUGAAGGCUUCCGUUGGUUAGCACAAUACAUCGAUUGAGCGGGAAGCAUCCGUUGAAAAUUAUUUCAUUUCGUCUGGACUGUUGUGUUAUUAAAUUGUGUAUAAUUAAUGAAACCUUAUAGGUAAUACUUUUGUUGUAUUUAUUUUUUAUGUCAUAUGUCCAAACUUUUUUGUUUUAUUAGUUAAGCAAACUGUAAUAUAUCCCUAACUUAUUUUCUAAAGCAUUUAUGUUAUUUAUUAUCUAUAAUGUUUCAUAUAUUUUUUUUUUAAUUGGUGUCAGUGACAUUUCAAAACCUUUUGUAGUUUUUCAUACCUAAAAUUAAGUGAUGUUUUAAAUAUAAUCAAUCCAUCGUGAUGCAUCAUUCUAAUCCAAUGUAUUAAAAAGCAUAAAAAAUCACAAUGUAAGUAUGAACACCAAAAGGUCGACUUUAAACUCAGUUUAACCCAAGGUUUACAACUGCAAAGUCAGAUAUAUUAAAUAAAAAUAUAUACUGUGAUUAAUAUUAAUCAAUGUUAAAAUUAUGGUAUGAAAACAAGAAUUAAACUUUGCGUUAUGUUUUUAAUAAAACGUUCUGUAAAAAACAAUAAAUACUUCAACAAACGCUUCA